AUGGAUCCCAACCACGACGCCAAAUUUCCUUUGCAUGAAGCUGCUCGGGAGGGCAAAACUUCAACUGCCGAGUCUCUUUUGAAUGCAAACCCCAAGCUAGCUUUUGCCAAAGAUGAUGAUGAACGGCUUCCUAUCCACUGGGCCGUGGCAUACAACCACCUCUCCAUCGUGGAGAUGCUAGUAGCCGUCAAGAACUUCGAUCCCGAUGUUGAGGAUGCAUCGGGCUGGACUCCACUGAUGAUUGCAGCCAGUCUGAGGGAUGCCGAAGGAGACCCCAUUAUCGAAUUAUUACUGCGGAAGGAUGCAGAUGUAACCGUCAAGAGUGGUUCUGGCCAGAACGCCAUCCACUUUGCAACUUCCAAAGCCAAUAUCUCCACCGUUCGCAUCCUCCUCGCCAACAAGUGCAGCGCUAGAGUCAAGGAUAAACGGGGCCAGCUGGCUCUUCACCGUGCGGCAGCUAUCGGGUCUAUCCCUAUCAUUAAACUUCUUCUCGAGGAAGGUAAAAGUCCUGUCAAUGCGACAGACAUGGAUGGUUUGACGGCUUUGCACCACGCCAUUUCUGAGGGCCAAGGCGAUGCAGCAAUAACAUUACUCAAAGCUGGUGCAGAAGUUGAUAAGAGAGACUCCGAUGGUCAUCUGGCGAUUGACUUGGCCCCGGAUGCGAUGGUCCGGAAAUAUAUCACGCAGACAGCUGAGAGAGAAGGCAUAGACCUGUAG